CUGGGUUGUUUUGCAGAUCAGAUCAGAUCAACGUCGCAAUGGCUGAGGGUCUGGGACAAGUUAUUUCGUGGUACAUUUGUACCGUCAUUGCGUGCAUCUUUCUGAUUUUGAGAAUAUGGGUUCGUGUGCGCAAGCUUGGACUAUUGGCGAUUGAUGAUGGACUCAUUAUUCUGGCGGCGUGUUGUUUGAUCGGUGAUUUGAUCAUCCAGCAGCAUAUGUGGAAUUUGGGAAUGGCGGAUAUGGCGAAUGCUUCUCGCGAUGAGUUUAUCCAGAUCAUGAAGAUGAUCGUUCCCGGAUCGAUUCUCUACGUCACCUCGUUAUGGGCCAUCAAGAUUGCUCUGGUUCUGUUCUACAAGCGACUUGCUGCUCCUGGAACAAAGCUGCAGGUUAUUUACAACGUCACUCUUGGUCUCUUGGUGAUUUUCUGGGCUACCAUCUUCUUCCAUAUCAUUUUUCAAUGUUUCCCACAUGACAAGCGAUGGUCGCAAGAUCCAAACUAUCAGUGCGACCCGAAGGAAGCAGAGAAGAACUAUUGGUUGACCGUUAUCCUAAAUAUCGGCACCGACGUCAUCACCAUCAGUCUUCCCAUCACCAUGGUCAUGAAGCUCCAGAUGAAGACAAAGCAAAAGAUCGGUGUUGCAGCCAUCUUCGCCCUCGGUUUCCUGGUCGUCAUCGCGAGCAUCAUUCGAGCCUACUACUCCAAGAAGAACGAAACCAUGUUGACAUGCACCGUUUCCAUGAUCGAAACCGCCGUCGCCAUCAUCGCAACCUGUCUUCCUCCGCUGCGAACUCUCUUCCUUGGCCAAAUGUCAUCUGCCCGAUCAGGCUCCAACUACGGACGCUACGAGCUCUCCUCCACCGGUCAACCACGAUCCCGACGAACGAACCAAAGCCGAAUCGUCACAAACGUCAUGGGCGGUACGCAAAAGCUCGACAACGAUUCACAGGACGAACUAUUCAAGGAGUCUGCGCAUUCAGUGGCGGGACGAAGUACGACUAGUGAUAAAACUCCUGGUAUCACUGUCAACACCACCAUUCAAAUGCACCAUAGCAGCGAGGAGGAGGCGAGACGAUCACAGGCUAGGCUUGAUAGCUUCGCUUAAGUGUUUUUAUAUGUAUAUAUAUAUAAUUUGUAAUAAUUUAUGGAAGCGAAAUGUUUAC